AUGACGACGGCCACGCUCCCCAUCUUCAACCCCAUAGGCGACAUUAUGUCCCACACUCCUACCCCGACUGCCAUCCCGAUGGAAGAGCCCACUGCACCCGAGGGCCACCGCCCACGACGCCGCUGGACUGCCGACGAGGACGCGCGCCUUAUCGCCGCCGUCAACAAGUACGGCUCGCAACGCGGUCCCGGAAGCCAGUGGUCCAAAAUCUCUGCCGGUCUUUCCGGCAGGACAAACAAGGACUGUCGCAAGCGCUGGUUCCACAGCCUCGACCCGCGUGUGCGCAAGGGACGAUGGUCGCCAGACGAGGACGAUCUCCUUCGCAAGCUCUACGCAGAGCUCGGCCCACAGUGGAAGGCUAUUGCCCUCCGCAUCCCCGGCCGUAAAGACGACCAAGUCUCGAAGCGGUGGCGCGACGUGCUCGCACCAGAGCUCACAAGCAAGAAGCCGUGGAGUGACGAGGAGGACGCGCUCCUCCUCGCACUGCUCGAGGAGAAGGGACCCAAGUGGACUUCGAUCGCUGAGCAGCUCCCCGGUCGCUCCCCGAUUGCUUGCCGGAACCGCAGCCGAAAGUACCGCAAAACCCCCACCGCUGCCGCCCCGCUCUCCAUCGCGUCCACACCUGCCGGCCGCUCGUCGCUGUCCGUCUCCUCGCCGGAGGAGCAAUACGUUGACAUGCUCCUCGCUCAGGCUGCCCAGAACCAGCCUCAACACAUGUCCCACCAGUCGACUGGCCACGCACCAGACCACGAUUGGCAUCUCCCUCAGCUCGGUUCCGUUCACCCUCCCCUCGACCUCUUCAACUUUGACGUCGCGAACGCGCCAUUAUCCGGUCUUGCUCCCAUCUCGACUGCCCACCACGUUCACAGUGUCACCGGUUCCGACGCGGCCGACCACGGUCUUCUUGAAAACUGGCUCGCGAGCGUCGGCGGCGUCCCGCCCUCGACAACAAGCUCUGCGUCCAGCACCAGCGCCAAUCUCCCAGUGACCGCUGAGGGCUCGUCACCCAACAGCUUUGCGACCCUCUCGGCCACCGAUAAGCCUCUGCAGGUGCUGUACGGCCACUCUGACCUGCCUAUCAACAACAUGUGGAGCCUGCUCCUCGCCCUCGACCGCGGUGAGCACAGCGUCAACGUCUCCUCGGAGCUGUUGCGCCACCUUAUCGACAACGCGCCUCACAAGCUGCGCCAGGAGGGGCUGAGCAUGGAGCUGUCGUAA